UUCUAGGAAGUUUCUAGCAAGAUGUCGGAGGGUGUUUUGCGUGACAAGCCGCUAGUAUGCUUUUGGACGAUAUGACUUGCUUAUUGCAGUGUAUGUACACAAAAUUCCGGCCUAUAUUAAAUCCCAAAGUGUUGCAAUAUUGCUGAAGUUAAAAUUGAAGUUUUAACUACUAUUAUAACACUAAAAAAGUAAGAAAACUAGGACUAUUUGCAAAAAUUGUGUCAGUGCGUGUACCACUGCCAAGACCAAUAUUUGGAAUGUUAAUUUUUCUUCUGAUUGCGGGAUAAAAUUUUCAGUUUAAACAAAAACUUUUACCAAAAUUGACAAACGCGUUAUUAUUAUUUAAAAUUGGGAUGGGAGCUAAAGCAAGUACUGUUGCACAAUCUGCUGGAGGCAAUGGACAAUCCUCUACUGGAGCAAAUGAAACUACAAUGCAAGGAUUUUCUAUGCUACGUUCUCUUCCUGGAGGUGUUAGCAUGUUACAGCAUCAACAUCAGCAAGGAAAUCAAUCACAAACUUCUAGAGUAUCCGGAGAUAGUAGGCAACGUGCUCGUUCUUUAAGUUCAGUACCGGAUCUCUCAUCUGGUGAACAAAGUAGUCUUGCUUCCUCAGUUGGAGUUGGAGUUGGUCAAGCACUUGGUUUGCCACAACUUGAAUCAGAUGAUCCUGAUGAAGACAGUGGACGAGUUUACUCAGCACAUAGCUUGCCAUCCCAUAUCUGGUCUCUCAACGGUCUAAAAUGUCCUGUUUGCUCCAAGUUUGUUCUACCAGACGAUAUUGAAUGUCACUUGGUUAUGUGUUUAACCAAACCACGUCUUAGUUACAAUGAAGAUAUAUUAUCUGAUGAAAAAGGUGAAUGUGUUAUUUGUCUUGAAGAAUUACAAUCUGGAGAUGUUAUAGCCCGUCUACCUUGCCUGUGUAUAUAUCACAAAAAUUGUAUUGAUAAAUGGUUUCAAGUGAACCGUAGUUGUCCUGAACAUCCUGGAGAUUGAUUUAUACCCAUUGAAGUUGUAAUAGCACAAUGCAACUUAUUAAUUUUAAAGACUCUUAUCAAAAUGAGAAAAAAGUGGGAGGAAAUGAAAAAAAUUUGAAAAACACUAGUCAAGAUGGCUGCUAGUCCACUGUGCUGGUUGGUGUAUGCAAUUGUUUGACUGAAUGAGAUAUAUUCAAUUUGAAUAUGAAAGCAGACAUUUAACUAAAUCCUUGAUUAUACUACCUGUAAGCAGGGAACUUAAAAAAUCGCCAUAAAAUUCAACGAUACAAUGCUAUUAUCUAUAUGUAUCCGUAAUUAAUCUAUUACUGCUCUGUAGCUUACUAUUAAUUGUACCAUAUUUACAAAUUUUACUUAGUUUUACAUUUUGGAAUCGGAUUAGGGAUAAUUAGGCUAAUCUGUUAUUGAUUAAUAUAUAUUGUUUUUGGAGAAGGGAAUAUCAAAUGAAAUGUAGUCAAAAGCCGUGAACAAUCAGGCAAACUUUAUAUUACACAAUUUAAUUGCACUUUUGAUGAUUUCAUUAUAAAUCUGUCGUUUCAUUUUUGUUAUUUGUUGGAAAAUGUACUCCAGAAAGGAUAUUUUUGAUACUUUCAUAAAGGAAAGAGUUGGAUAUAUAAAAGUUUUAAGGAACAGACUUUUAGUAAUAAUGAUGUUGAUGCUGUAAUAACAGUAAAAGAUUAGGUUUCUUUAUUAAAAUUUCAACUUUGUGAUAAAUUCCAUUUAUGUUUUUAGAGAAUAGAAGUCCUGCAGUUAUGAAAUAUAAUUUAUUGUUAAAGUUAUAUCAUAAUUAAUAUCUUUUCUACAUGAUAGGAGUUAACUCAUAGGAGUUUUUAUAACAAAAAUAAACAUGGUCUGUCAAUUUUCCAAUAAUACAUGCGUUGUAUAUAUCUGGAUUAGACUUGUAUCAUAUAAGAUAAAAAGUCUAAUAAAGUAAAAAUUUCAAACCAAAUACAAUUAUAAAAGUGAUUUAAGCAUUCGGUAUAAUAUCUAUGAUAUUAUAGGAAUAAAGAUAAAAGUUCUCUAUGUUAAUAAAAGAAAAAAAUAAAAUUUAGUAUUGUUUUCAACAUUAUGAAAAACGAUUUAAUGUUAUUGUUAUUUACAAAUUAUUUUAUCUCAGGACGUAAUAUUUUUAAGAGACAUAUAAAUAACUGUUUUCUUUAUAAGCAUUCAAUAUAUUUUAAUUAUGAUAGAGAUAGAUAAAAAAUGUAUGUGUUUAUAUAGUAAUUUUUAUAUUUCAGUGUCACGAUAUAAUAUCCUUGCUUUAUGCUUUAGAUAAAAUCAAAGAAAUGAUUCAAUUUUUUUGUGAAAUAUUGAGUUAAUGAAGUCAUUCUUUUGUAUAAGCUGUCCUAUAUUUACUUUGUUAUUUAUGGGAUAAAUUUGAAUACAGCAGAUAAAUCAGAUAAUUUACACAUAUGUCAUAAUACUACAUGAAAAAAAUGUAUUUUGUACAUAUAUUUUAAAACUAAAUGAAAAUUUAAUAUUUUAUAGAAUAUACUUAUCGUGUUACAAUACAUCCCAAAUAUAGGCGUCUUUUAAAACAAUUUACAUUAUUUUAUGAAUUUUUGUUAGAAUGUUAUUGAAUGUUCGAAUAUUUUUUAUAUUGAAACGAAAUAUUCGAAUUUAAAAACUAUAAAAAAUAAUUAUAUAAUUCUUUCAAAGAAUAGAUACAGUGGUGGACAAAAGUAAUGACACAAUAUAAUUUUUAAAAUAAAAAGCAUAAAAAAAUAAAAAGUAUAAGCAUAAAAAGAUUGAAUUCCAGUCUUUAUUUUUUAAGAAACCUUUAUCUUAGAUGUUCUAGUGUACUACAUAAUAAGUAGUAAAAGAUAAAGUGAUAUAAAAAUAAUAAAAUUACGCCUUUUAAGAAUUUUUAUAUGAGGGUAAAUACAAAAUGUUGACUUUAAUGAUAUUAUGAUUUUUGUUUUACAAUAAUAUAGAAGACAUAAAAAUGAGUUCGAUCAAUGCAACAUAUAACUUGUUUAUAUGCAUAAUAUGAAAUUUAUAGCAAUAAAAAUGGGAGCAUUUAAUCCUUUAGGGACGUUUAGCUUAUAUGUUGUAUGGACGAAAUACAGUCAACCAGAACAUUUAGCCUAUUCAUCAUAUGGAGAUCUUAUUGUGACUCCAAUAAACAAUUUACUUUAUAACACUAUCUUUGUAAAAAAAAUGGAAGGAAUAGAAGCUAAAAAGUAAUUAUCAGGAACCAGUAAAAUGGCCAGUAGCUUCGAAUCCUCGCUCCGUUUCAUAAAAAGACACUUUGAAAGAUUUUACCACAAAUAAAUAAAAAUAAAAAUAAAGCGCAUGAUGUGCUAUUUCAAACGUGUAGAUGAGGAAAAUAUAAGAAAGAUAAGAGAUACUUAUUGGUCAAAUUGUAAUCUAUUCAGAUUUUAUUUUAAAACUUGCCAUAUUAGAGACAUUUUUUAUAUCAUACUUUGUUAUUCUAUUAAGUACUGAAAGGGUUAAAUUAUGUAUGUACUUUCCACAGAAUAAUAAGGAAUCCUAACCUUACGAACAUGUAUUAUUUUGCAUGCUAAUAAAUGUUACAUUUUUUCUAUAGGUUCGAUAUACAUAGCGGAUUUUGUUGUCGCAGACAUCAUUUGCGCGUUUCUAUAAUAUAUAGAAGUGUAGUACUGUACAAAUGGAAUUCACCUGUAUCAUGUUUAAAUUUCACUCGCAAUGAUAUAAAAGAAAAAAGAGAAGAUAAUAAUAUGAUGCUCUUAAAAAAAUCGUUUCUUUUGGAAAAUUACUUUAAAAAUAUUUGUUGCAGGCUCUUAUUGUUAUAUUUUCGUAAAUUAUUCAAGAAUCAAGCGUACUUUUAGAGUGAAUAUUUAGUAUAUAGGAACUACAAAUUUACACACACAAUUUCACGAAUCAGCUGUCAUAAUACUUGAGCUAGUAGUGAUAAUAAUUUGUCAAAAAUGUAUUGUUUCGUUCCUUUAAUUCUGACAAUGAACAUAUAUAUAUAUAUAUAUGUCCACAGAAACAAUAUAACGUGUACAGAGUAUGAGAAAGUUUUGUGUUAUGGCUAAACUGUUGAAGAAACAUUCCACAAAAGUGAUCUGAAAAUUCGAUUAUUGUGUUGUAUUAUGUAGAUAGUGAUAUUCAUUGUAUUGUAUUAUACUUUUUACAAAAUAUCAAGAAGAAAUCAUAUGUUGCAACUCAAUAUUUGAUGGACAAGAUUAUAGUUUUUCAGGUCUGCUGAUAUAAAACGGUCAUAGCCGUUAAUGUUCUAAAAUUUCUCUAAGGUAAGAUGUUUAAGCCGCUCUUAUAGUCACAUGUAUAUCCUACGAGAUAUGGAAAAUAUAUUGUAACAUAAAUCUCGAAAGUUAUGCGAUCUGAUUAGCGUGAUCGAUAUCUUUCUAGUGAAAAAUGCGAAGGCAAAACGAAGAACAAGUAAUCCGGGUUGUAUUUCUACAUGGCAAGACUACGUGCAGAAUUUUUUUCUGAUCGGCAGCAGAUAGAUGACAUACUUGAGGGAAUCUGUCGAUAAAACCACAGCCAUCUACCGCGACGUUUUCAGAGGGUAUUUUGCAGAUAGCAUCUGUUUGAUAGAAUGAAAUAGCAGAUCGGCAUCAGAAAUCGAGCAGAUCCUGCUAACCUAACC